AUUUUUCAAAUCUGUCCGAAAAGUUUAAAUCUUUUUACCAGUACAAAAUCUGAGCGAAUCUGAUAUAAGUAGCCCAAAUCAGUGAGAUGCUUCCCAAAGCCAAGCCCCGAAAUCCCAUAGUUCGAAAAAAGAGUCCCCCGAAACCCUAAUCCAGGAAAUGGACGGCGACGACGGCGAUCUCGUCUUUGAUUUCGAGGAAGACCUCGACGCCGCCGCCGACGCCGCCAGCUACGGUUCCGCUGCCUCGGCCACGGCCACGGCCCCCGCCUUGCCGUCCUCCUACGACCACGGCCCCGCCGCGGUCAGGCCGCGCCAUGACCAAGGCCGCGGCAGCUCCCCCGAAACCAUGAUCCACGAAAUGGACGGCGACGUCGGCGAUCUCGUCUUCGAUUUCGAGGACGACCUCGACGCCGCCGCCGACGCUGCCGCCGCCGGAUCCGGUUCCGUUGCCUUGGGCGCGGCCUCCGCCUUGCCGUCCUCCGACGACCUCGGCCCCGCCGCAGUCGGGCACCGCCAUGACCAAGGCCUCGGCAGCCGUUGCUCCCGGCAGACCGUGUGCCCGUACUGGCUGCUGGGCGUGUGUAUGAUGGGCGACUCCUGCGAAUUCCUCCACGAGUACGACCUGGACCGCAUGCCGGUGUGCCACUACCUCCACUCGUAUGGCUACUGCCGCUUGCCAGAUUGCGUCUUCAAGCACAACACCGAGCACCUUGAGGAGUACAGCAUGUAUAACGUGGGGUUUUGCCCUUAUUGCCCUCAUUGCCAGUACAGGCAUGUGAAGAAACCUGGGUCGCCUCCUCCGGCUGAGGAAGUUGUCAAGAAGCAUCAACAGAUGAAUUCGUUAAACUACGGCUCAUCAAGUGGAAUUUAUCAGCCCAGAGAAAAUAACAGUAAUCAGCAGGAGAAACCUCAAGUCCAACAUGGGUUGGUGCUAAAGAAUCAAAAUUUGGCUGCAAAUGCUACUCAUGUAGUGCAAGAACCUGCUGCACAUCAUGUUCAGACAGCAAAUCCGCAGCAUGUACCACCACACAUACAGCAGCAGCAACAACACAAUGCUCAACUGCAAGGUGUCCCUAAUGGUUCAUCUUCAAGCCCACUUCCACAAGGGCAAUCAAGGUACUCUGUUGUUAAAAGUUGCAAGAUGGAGAAUUUGGAAAUAUCAGUUCAGCAGGGUAUUUGGGCCUCCCCAAAAGCAGUUACGAUGUCAUUUUAAUAUUCUCCAUCUCUAGGACUCAACAUUUCCAGGGUUGCUAAAAGGUUACUUCUCGAUUUGGUGGUGGAGUUGGAAGUAUCAAGUCCAUUAUUGCCAGAACUUCUCUCCAGUGGCAUAAGGGUUGUGCAAAGAUUAUCUCUAAAUUUGGUGGCUACGUUGGUGCUUAGAUUUGGAGAUAUGCCCACAGAAGUCCGAUAUAGUCAGAACUCUCUGGUGGCUUAAGGAUGCCCUGCUCACUGAUGAGGCAGAGAAAGUUGGAGCUGGUGAGGCAUCAUGCAGCGUGAGUAGGACGGAAGUGAAGAGAAGGGCGACAAGCCGAGAACCUACCGAUGGUGAUGGUUUUGGAUUUGCGGCCUCAGAUUUCCUUACGACGUCUCAAGAGGAUUUGCUUCUCGCUGUAUCAGGGGCCUUGCCCAAUGGGCGUAUAAUUCAUGAAUACAAACUUGCAUGUGCUUUCUGCACCCACUGCAGCAUGGGUCCACCAGAGGCUCCCCCAUCUCUUGUUCGCCGCCGGCUCUCCAUCUCGUGUCCUUCAUCCCAUGCCCUGUCCACCGGUUCCCUGCCGCACGUGUAGGCCAUCGCUGUCUCGCAUCCCCCGUCGGCUUCCUGUCUCCCCAUUGACACAUGUACUGUCCAGCUACGGGAAACAGCUCAUCCUCCACAGCGCGCUGCUAGUUUGCUACAUUGAGGAACUAUCGUUCUGCAAAGGUGGUGUUUACAAAUUUCAACCUCAGUGGAUCAAGAAAGAAUCCUAGUCCCUAGUGCAUUGCAUUUCUGAUAACCUUCAUGAUCAUUUGUUACUGAUCUUCGAUCAGGACCGGAUUUUGAUCCAGUGUCAUGUGAUUUCAUGAUCUUGACCGCAUUUUUCCUGGCCCAAAAUUGAAGAUGGGCCAUGCUGCCCUGUACCAUACAUAAACUUGCUGUGAACUCCGUGCCUUCUGUCACACAUACUGAAUGUAGCAUGAACUAUGAAGCCACUUGACGCUCUUAUCAGUAGAGUACCAUGUACUACUGGAUAGACACUGGGUGGGCACUCAAAAUGGUCAAUCUGAUGGGGACCAAAAGGCACAUGGCUAUGUCUUUGCAGGUCAUUGUCUCCAAGAAGUGGUGUCGAAUCAUUACGUGUUAAAAGGGUCGGGUGAUUUCCAGUGGGAUCUAUCUAUGUGAGUCUUCAGGACCAUGCCAAACUGCUUUUUUUUCAAGAUAAUGUGGUUGUUUUCCUGAGUUAUCAUUGUGAUCUUCGUGUGAGGGGGAAAAGGGAG